AUGGACCACGUAAUGACAGAAAACAUGCUGCGGGACAGCCAGCUCGAUACGGUCAUGCAAGAUAACAUACAUUCAUUCAACACCAACACCAACGGCCACUUACAAAAUGGUUUCGUGGACCCUCGAGCACUGGAAAGCACUGAACCAUCAAAUACGACCAACCAGUUCCCGGGGACAGCCGAUGAUGAAACGCCUAGUCAAUCGCAGCACUCAUCUGAUAUCGCAACCCAAACCACCCAUCGCAAACUUUCCCUUCCAACAGGUUGCUGUUACGAUAUAAGAAUGAAGUAUCACGCCAACGCCGACUUCUCUGAAAACCCACACCACCCCGAAGACCCACGUCGAAUAGAGUCCAUCAUGAAAGAAUUUAGCAAUGCGGGAUUAUUAUUUGAAGGCAAAGAAAAUGAGCUCGCCGAGAUUUUGAAAGAUUCGCCCACCAAAUACAUGUGGCGGAUACCAGCACGGGUUGCACGAGAAGACGAAGUCUGCACUGUGCACACUGCAUCUCAUUUUAAUUGGGUGAAGGAUUUGUCAAACAAAUCGCCCAAGGAGCUACGUGAGAUGACGGAAUGGUUCGAUGCCGGUCGGAAAUCGUUAUAUGUAGGCAGCCUUACAUACUAUGCGGCCCUUAUCUCAGCUGGUGGUGCCAUUGAGACGUGUAAAAAUGUGGUUGAGGGCCGAGUCAAAAAUGCCAUUGCUGUUAUCCGACCACCAGGUCACCACGCCGAACCUAGCGAGUCUAUGGGGUUUUGCAUAUUCAACAAUGUCCCUAUUGCAGCCAGUGUCUGUAUGCAGGAUUAUCCAGAUGUUUGCAGAAAGAUUCUCAUCUUGGAUUGGGAUGUACAUCACGGAAACGGGAUCCAGAACAUGUUCUAUGAAAACCCCAAUGUUCUGUAUAUUUCACUACAUGUCUAUCAGAAUGGAUUGUUCUACCCCGGUCAACCAGACGACGAGGGUAUUCCUGACGGCGGACCUGAUAAACGCGGUGCUGGCGUCGGUAUUGGUAAGAACGUCAACAUCGCAUGGCAUGAUCAGGGAAUGGGUGACGGUGAAUACAUGGCUGCGUUUCAAAAGCUUGUAAUGCCUAUAGCUCAUGAGUUUGACCCUGAUCUUGUCAUUAUCUCUGCUGGUUUCGAUGCCGCAGCUGGUGAUGACCUCGGCGGGUGCUAUGUCACACCUGCUUGCUAUUCUCACAUGACGCACAUGUUGAUGUCUCUUGCAAAUGGAAAGGUUGCAGUGUGUCUAGAGGGUGGAUACAACCUCCGAGCAAUUUCGAGAUCAGCGUUAGCUGUCGCAAAGACACUGAUGGGCGAACCUCCGGAGAGGAUGGUUAUCCCACCGCUGAAUGAGAAAGCGGCCCGAGAUAUCCAACAUGUCAAAGAAUACCAAGCACCAUAUUGGGAGUGCAUGCGGCCGGGCGUUAUCCCCAUUAAGGACUUGCAACAUCGCAAUGCACCGAGACUACACGAUGUCAUGAGAGCAUAUCAGAAGGGAAUUCUCAGCAAGAAACACAAUAUGAUCUCAAUGCCCAUAAUGCGGAAGAUGCUGAGUAAGUCUUUUGCUGAUCAGGUCUUGGUGACGCCUAGGAUCCAAUUCGCCAAGAAGGUUAUUCUCAUUGUGCACGACUCGCCUGAGAUCGUUGCUCAAGCAGACUCACUUAAUAACUCAGUGGAGGCUCACAAUGCAUUUAUGGGUGACGACUUAAUGCCCUACAUAGACUGGGCAAUCGAAAACGGAUUCGGCGUCGUCGACGUGAAUAUACCGCAACAUGUUACAUCUCCCCAGGAUGAAGAGGCUUAUAUCCCAAGACCUCAGGAGCCAGCUAAAGAGCAGCAAUCGAAAGAGCUGCUUUGCUACCUGUGGGACAACUAUCUCCAACUCAACGAUUCGGCAUCCCUCACUCUGAUGGGGGUAGGUGAUGCCUAUCUUGGCAUAAAACAACUGCUUAUUUCUCGAGACGUCAAAUCCCGCGUCCCCGGCGUCUUAUCGUUUGUAAGCGGCUCUCUGCGCCCCGUCCGCUCCGAAACAGACACAUACCUCUCAUCAUGGUACAAAGCUAGCUCCCUGAUCUUUGUCUCCUCUGAUCACUCCUGUUGGAACGACGAAGAGAACGCUCGCAAAGUGCGCAAAAAUCGGUUUGGGGCCGUAGAGAAGAGUGAGGUUACAGGCUUGGGGAACAUGUUGAAACGAUAUGAAGGCAAGGCGACUAAGUGGGUGCUGGAUAAGGUUGAGGAGUGGGAAUGGAAACGCGGGGAUGGUGAGAGUGAUGAAGACGAGGUUCCAUUAGGACAAAAGGUCAUUGACGAGGCUGAUCUCGUCGGGAUGUCAUAG